GAUUUUAAAUUUUAACGGAACUCUGUUUCGUUAAAUUCUAGUGUACUUUCAGAAGUGCAUAUUUUACACAAAUAUUUUUAUGCGUUAAGCGUUCUAAUGCUAAUCGCAUUAUAUAGUGUUAGUGUUGUUACUAGUUAACUUCUUGAAUAAGUACUUGAGGCCGAUUGCUACCGCCCGUGCUGUUGCGUGAAUACAGCGAUGGCACAGUUCAACUAUCUCAAUGAAUUGAAUAGUUUAGCUACUACUAUGGACGGACCUAUAACUCGAGGGCCACCUCAGCGAUGGGCCAAGAAAAGCAAUAACGAGAACAUAAAUCCAUCGUUGAGUGCUUCUUUUAAGAACUCUUCCAACGUUAAUAUAAGUUCGUGUAACCAGUCUAUGCAGAAGUUGUCGUUAUCGGCCAAUCAGAGCGUUAACAGCGUGCACUCGGGCAAGACCCCGACCCGUUCUGAAAACAAAAAAGGGAAGAAGACUCCUUCUAAGAACAAGUCGCCAGGGCGCUCCACCACUCCAACUCCAAAUAAGGCAUCUAAAACACCAAACAAGGCUGACAGAUUCAUCCCCUCGAGAAGUAACUCCAAUUAUGACUUGUGUCAUUACAUGAUGAGCCGUGAAGAUGACAAAGGUGAGGAGGUGGUAGCCCAGAAAGUGGCCGGUGAGGCCAUAGGGCGAGCCCUCACUGACAUGGAGCCCGGCCGCCUUCUGCAGUACACUUGCAAGGCACCAGCGGCGCCCGAGGGCUACCAGAACAGACUGCGGGUGGUCUACUCACAGGCCAAGGUGCCAUCAUCGGUGAAGAACACUACGAGGUACAUCCCCCAAGCCCCGGACAGAAUUCUGGACGCUCCUGAAAUUCUCGACGACUACUAUCUAAACCUAGUUGACUGGAGCGCGUCCAACAUCCUGGCCGUGGCGCUCGGCAACUCCGUGUACCUGUGGAACGCCGGCACCGGCCAGAUCGAGCAGCUUAUGGCCCUGGAGGCUUCCGAGACGGUGUGCUCCGUACAAUGGGUGCAGGGCGGAGGUUCACACCUAGCCGUUGGAACGUCCGCGGCCACCGUCGAGCUGUGGGACUGCGAGAAGAUCAAACGACUUAGGAUAAUGGACGGGCACACAGGCCGGGUCGGGUCUCUCGCCUGGAACACAUACGUGGUGUCGAGCGGGGCCCGCGACGGAACCAUCAUACACCACGACGUGCGGCAGCGCGACCAUGCUGUCGCCACAUUAUCUGCACACACGCAAGAGAUUUGCGGACUCAAAUGGUCCCCGGACGGUCGCUACCUGGCGUCGGGCGGCAACGACAACCUGCUUAACAUCUGGCCCAUCGCCCAAGGGCAGCGGUACUCGCAGACACAGUACUUGUACUCGUUCAACCAACACCUGGCGGCCGUGAAGGGCCUCGCGUGGUGUCCCUGGGCCGGCGGCGUCCUGGCGUCCGGCGGCGGCACGGCGGACCGCACCAUCCGCAUCUGGAACGUCAACACCGGCGCCAACCUCAACACCGUCGACACCAAGUCGCAGGUCUGCUCCAUCGUGUGGAGCACGCACUACAAGGAGCUGAUCUCCGGGCACGGCUACGCGCAGAACCAGCUCGUCAUCUGGAAGUACCCGCUCAUGUCGCGAGUGGCCGAGCUGACCGGCCACAUGGCCCGAGUGUUACAUCUGGCGUUGUCGCCGGACGGUACGACCGUGCUGUCUGCCAGUGCCGAUGAGACACUGCGUCUGUGGAAGUGCUUCAUGUUAGACCCCGCGAAGAAGAAGGAGCCCACGGAAUCGAAGGCAGCCAAGUCAUUGCUGAACAUGAACUCUUUAAUCAGAUAACUGGUAAUACACUUCAACUCUGCACUAUAGUUCGUUUUUUUAGCAUUAGAAAUAAGGUAAACAAUCUUGAUGUGUCUUUUAAUUGAAAAACACAUUUUAAGAAUAAGUUACGGCAAAUAUGUAACAAUUAUGAAUCUAAUACGAUCUUUUAUAUUCUUCUGCUUUCAUAAGUAAUAGUUACUGAUUUUUAAAAAGCGUUUUUCAAUUAAAAGACAUGUCAAGAUCGCUUACCUUCUUUCAAGUUCUUUAUAAUGCUAAAAAAAACGAACUAUAGAAUUAGUUGUGUUGUAGGUCUAUUUUAGACUUGCAAUUUUAUUGUGAUUUUAGAGUCUGGCUAAUAUAAUAAAUAUCGUGUCAUAGAAGUUGGAAGUUUAAUGGUGGUUGUCAAAAAGCCUUAGCCUCCUAAGGCUCAAGGUUCUACUUAUUCAGUUCGAUGAAUUUUAACACGUUCAUCGCCACUAAGUGCUACGGGUAACGCUCGUAGCUCGUAGUGCGUAGCCACGUCUUCGCCGUAUGGAGCGCGUAGUCGCUACGAACAGUGUACCCGACAGUCUGGUUGUUGGCGCUGAAUGUGUAUCAUAUUUAAUUGGAACAGUUACAUUUGUUUUGUUUCGUUCAAAAACAAUACAAAAUCGACUGUAUUCCCUACACUAUAGAUUCAAAUUUCAGCGGCAAAUUUUGGAUUUUUCAAUUGCAUGGCUGGGUCUUAGGAGGUUGUUAUAUUUACCGUUCCAGUGAAUUGGAGCAUCGAUAUGUACUUCAUUUUUUAGGGUUCCGUACCUCAAAAGGAAAAAACGGAACCCUUAUAGGAUCACUCGUGCGUCUGUCUGUCUGACCGACCAUUCCCCGCCCUUUAUCUCUAAAACUACUGGCUCUAAAAUUUUGAAAAAAAUACACAAAAUAGUACUUUAUCUAUAGAUGACAGGAAAACCUAUUAGAAAUGUGCAGUCAAGCGUGAGUCGGACUUAAUAUGUACGGAACCCUUGGAACGCGAGUCCGACUCGCACUUGACCGGUUUUUUUUAUUCAUUAGAAAGAAGGUAAGCGAUUUUGACGUGUCCAUUUAUUGAAAAAACACUUGAAAAAUAAGUCACGGCAAAUAUGCAACAAUCAUACGUAUACGAUCAUUUACAUUAUUUUGCUUCCAUAAGUAGUAGGUUAAUUCGUUAAUUACUGGCCACUGUUUAGUAACUGGCCACCCUAAACUAAAAAUGAAUUCUAUUCACCUAUAAACAGAAUUCAUUUUAGUAUAAUCUGGCUAGUUAUUGAAGGGUGGCCAGUUACUGAAACCUUAUACUAAAAUGAAUUCUGUUUAUAGGUGAAUAGCAUCCAUUUUUAGUUUAGGGUGGCCAGUUAUUAGCCGGUGGCCAGUAAUUGACGAUUUACCCUAGUUUACAAAUUCUUAAAUGAGAUUUUCAAUAAAAAAGACACGUCGAGAUUGUUUACCUCUUUUCUUAUGCUAAAAAAACGAAGUAUAGUUGGCAUUUGAAACUGUAGUAGAUGGAUAAAUUAUGAAUUAUCAUAAUGCUCAAUGACUGAUCAUGUUUGCCAUAUUCUCUCUAAGCGUGCCGAGCAUGUACUGUAUGUAUAUUUAAACAUUAUGACUGACAAUUGUGAUCUUACAAUUUAGUGGAAAACUAUAGUUGUUGAAGUAGGAAUAAUAUGUAUAGGUACUUAUAUUUAAAUAUCAUGUUUUGUUAUUUCUCGACUUCUAAUCACUGUGGUUGUCUUCUUUUACCUAGCGUAUCCCGAAUUUAGCUUGUAAUUUCGUAUAAUUUUACUUCGGCAGUGUUUUAUAUUGACUUCCGUUACACGCAAGAUGCUUUUUAACACCUUUUUAUGACAAAAAUAUAGAAGUUGAGGUCGUUAAAUGUAAAGCAAAAUCUUCUUUCUCGGUUCUUUUACUGUAUUUCUCUCCUCUUCUAUAAUUUCAAUUGUUUUUUCAAGUUAAUGACACUUUUAGUGACCUCAGCUUGAGUUAUUUUUUGAGCUUUGUAAUAUUUUGCGGGUACUGUUUAUUAUGUAAUGAAUUUAUGAAUUGAUGUUGACUAUGUCAUGAAUGUGUGAUUUGUUUUACGAAAUAAAGUAUUUUCUUAUCAGAA